GAUGACUAGUAAAAAGCAAAAAAUAGGAAUUUACUGUUAAGAUGACUAACAUUUUCAUAGAGGACAGAAGAUCAAAUAUUUGAUGGUGAAAUAAGAAAAAGGUUCAAUUUCAAAAAGGUUGUUCUGUGAUGAAUGUUUCCUUGGAAAUUACAAUUCUUAUCAAUAAUAUUGUUGUAAUCUCUAAGAAGUAAAUCUUUAAAUAUAUUCUAAGCUCAUCAAUGGCAGAAUUUAUGAGGCCUUCAAAUAUACUAAAUUUGAUAGUGAUAAAAAAUAAGAGUAUUUUAAUUAUGCUAGAAAUCACUCCCCAUAUUAGGAUGUUAAGUUUAUUGAAAAUGUAUAGAAAUUCCUCUAUAAUUAGAUGGUCAUCUCUUUUUAGGAAGAAAUGUUAUAAAAAAUUGAAGUUAUGAAAGAAAAGUUUUUAGAGGAAAGUAAAAAAUAUUUGGAAGAGGUGUAAAGAUGGACUUUAAAGGAAAAUAUAAUGGAAUAUUUUGAAUGUGAUGAUUUUAAGAAAAAAUUACUUGAUGAAAAAUUUGAAAGAAGUCCUUACAAUUUUGAAGAAUUAAAUAAAUUGGCUGAUGAUUAUGUUAAGAAAAUUAAUAAAGACGAUGAGAAAAUGAAAAUCGAUUUGGUUGAUAUUGUUGAUAAAUAGAAAUAAUUGUAAAUUAUAAUAAUAAAUUAGUUUUAACUUAGAAAAAUUUAAGAAUUGUUUUAAAGAAGUAAUGGAAUCAAUAGAAAUAAUGGAGAAUAGAACAUUUUCUAAUUAUACAUUUUCUUAAUCAACUUUAGCCACCCCUUAUAUAGAAUAGGUUGUUGAAAAAAUUGCAUUUGGUAAAGAAGAAGCAUUCUUAAAAAAUUUAAAAAGAAUUUAUAGGAUGACUCAACAAGGAUCAAAUUAUAAAAAAUUAUAAGAUAUCAAGUAAUAAUUAGAAGGAUCAGAUACAAUUACUAUUAUUUAAACUAAAAAUAAAUGUGUUUUUGGUGUCUAUAAUUGUAUUUAAUAGCGUCAAAAAUCAAUUCUAUUCUAAAUGAAUAAAGAAAAAUUCUUUUAAUUAAAAGAGACCUCUCAACAGGCUCUUAAAUUAAACUUAACUGCUGAUUUGAAUGAUUGGAUUUUGAAAUUUGGAGAUGAGGAUAUUAUUAUAAAUUCUACAUUCACUAAAUGUAAAUCUAAUUUAGGAAAUGGUUUUGAUAUAUCUGGAGCUAAAAUAUUUAAUAAAAAAGAGUAUCUUUCAGAUUGUGAAUAUUUUGACAUUUACGACAUAGAAAUUUUCGAAACCCCAUCUAGUACUCCCUUACUAACCCCACCCCCUCCUAUUAUAACCAAACCCGAUAACAUAAUCCCAAACCAACCCAAACCCAAUUUCCAAACCCAAACACUACCCUCAUUUCCACUACCAGGUUCAUUAAACCCUUCUAACACUAUGAAUUCAUCUACAAGCAAUUCAUAAGCGUUUUAACCAAUACCUAACAAAACAUUUCAGACCAUUUAAUCGCCUGUUUAGAAAUGAA